UAAUGAUCUGUGUCGUUAUGCUUCAAUUACGAAAUGGGCUUCUGGACAUGCUGUUUCCUUGGUAGCGCCCACGGUAGCGCCGCUGACUUAACACGCGCUAAGAAUUGCCAGAAUGCGGAAUGCGAGAGGUCUGUAGAGGCCUCCAUACCUUCAACGGCAAAAGACGGGGAGGAACAACGAAGAACCACAUUAGAGCUCAGCUGUGAAAAGAGUCGCUCUGAAGAGGAAGCGACACAAGUAACCAAGUAUGGCGAGUUUGCCUUUGCAAGCGCCGUUGAUCCGCCGGAGUGCAAUGCGCCAGAUGUGGACCCGGUGAUACUGUCUUCUGUCCAAGUGCAACAGCAAAAGGCACAGCAGCGACGCUUCGACUUGGAAUCCCAACGUCAGGCGCUUCAACAUGACAACCUUCAGCAAGUUGGAGAGCAUCAUCAUCGUAAGCCGCACCCGCAAGUGGCGCACCAAACCCCAGCGUUAUACAGAGUUCCACGCGACACCUUCUUCUCCAUCUUUCCCUUCCACAUCAUCCUUGACGAAUCCCUGCGGGUCGUACAAGCCGGUAGCAUCUUAAUCCGCCUCUUCGGUACAUCCCUAACCGCGGGGUCCCCCUUAACGGAUACGUUCCGGCUCGGCCUAUGUGGACAACCAGGGCAUCACCCGCCACCGCAAUCAUCCUUACCGCUGUGGUUUCAAACAACGGAAUACCGGGCAUCCCUGGAGCCGCCCUUGCUGCUUCCACAGCUGGCCCCAGCUCAGAUCGAGGGUGCCGAACACUGCACAGGGCCCCAGCUGCUACCGCCACAGCGGCUUCGCCCCAUGCCGCAAGCAGGGCAAAGCCUGGCAACCUCAGGGCCGCUGCCGCGCUUACAGGCUGCAGAUGUGCGGUAUGUCGUACGGCAGCAGCAAGUGGCGGGCCAAGAUUGCUGCCGUACAGGCGACGCGAGUUUGCAGCUGGAGAGCCGCGAGGGGUGUUGUACGACGGCUGGCGUCAGCCUGGAGUGGUUUAUCGGUUCCGUGGACACGGACGCAGAUGCUGGCAACAUGACAAUGACGACAGCAGCCAUGACGAUGGAACAGUGCUGUCGUACAAAUGUGGAUCUGAGCUUGGAGUGCUGUGGCCGGACAAGUGCGGUCGCUGGUACUGCAGGCGUGGUAGACCAGCCCGCAUGUACGGCGGAGCAGCUAGUGCAAAGCGGAGCGCAGUGGAGUCUGCAGGCCCGGAGCUCAGGCCUGGAGCUGCGGGGGCAGUGGACGCGGACCGCCAUGCCGGACGGCCGCCCCGUGUUGCUGUUCCUGGGCUCCCCGCGCGUGGCCACGCUGGAGGAGAUGGGCGCGCACGGGCUGUUCCUGUCCGACAUUCCGCUGCACGACAUGAGCCGCGACUUCGUACUGCUGGCGGAGCAGAGGCAGGCUGAGAGGGAGCUGCAACAGCGGUACCGAAGUCUAGCCGCUGAGCUCGCGGAGGCGAACACCCGGCUUGAGCAGGCCACCAGCUGGCUGGCUGAGGAGCGGAGCCGCAGUGACGCGCUGCUGUACCGCAUGCUGCCUGCGGACAUCGCGGCGGACCUGCGGGAGGGGCGCAAGGUGGAGGCCAUAAACUACCCGGAAGUGACCAUUCUGUUCAGCGAUGUGGUGGGCUUCAUGGUAGCCUCGGGAGGCUCCUCAAACGAACAAAUGUACGACUUGUUAAACGUGUUGUACGACAGGUUCGACUGCCUGAUCGACGAGUUCCCCGACGUGUACAAGUUGGAGACCAUCGGGGACGCCUACUUCCUGGUCUGCAACCUCACCACCCACUGCCCGCGCCACGUGGACGCCGUCAUCGACUUCGCCAUCCGCAUGCAGGCGGCGGCGCGGGGGGUGCGCGACGCGCAGGGGCAGCCGGUGCAGAUCCGCAUCGGCAUCCACACGGGCCCCGUGGUGGGCGGCGUGCUGGGCGCCAAGACGCCGCGCUUCAGCGUGUACGGCGACACGGUCAACGUGGCCAGCCGCAUGGAGAGCCACGGACUGCCGGGCAAGAUCCACAUCUCCGCGGCCGCCUACGCGCGCAUCGUGGACAAGCACAAGUACGCGGUGCGGGAGCGGGGAAACAUCGCGGUCAAGGGGCGCGGAAACAUGACGACCUACCUUGUCUCGGGCUUUAACGAGGAGUGGGCCUCCGCUCAGCGCCUGCUGCGCCCCUCCACCCCUUCCCUGGGGCAGCGGGCCUCAGGCGCGCGCUCUUCCCAGGGCUCAUUUGGCGUGGCACCCUCGCCGCUAUCCGCCGCGCAGUCGGAUGGGGUGUCUCUCAGCUUCCUGCACGCCGUGCCCGCGUCGUACACUGCCACCUCCAACGGCGACAUGCCAGCCGCUGUCGCCGCCGCUCCUGCUGGCGGCAGUGCUGCUGUCAUCGCCGCCGCAUCCGCCACCGCUGCUAUCGGCUUAUGCUCCGCUGCCGCCAUGCGGGGGAACAGCAGCAGCACUAGCAGCGCCCGCCUCCGUGAUGGCUGCAAUGCAUUUGGUGUUGGGAGGACAGCCGAACGCUGCUGCGGCUGCGGAAGUGGCGCAGCGGGGAAUGAAGGAGGAGUUCUCAACUGUACGGCAUGUUGUACGGCCCUCGGCGGUAGGCCCGGUAGCGGUCCCAGAUGCCCCGCUGCCGCCGGCACUGCCGCCACCACAGACAUCUGUGAUGGGGUCGUCAUGAACACAGCACCUAGCCCCACGGCGGUCAGCAGCCGCACCGGUAACCGGCGACGAAGCGGCUGCUGCUACAGCCCUUACCAUCGUGGCAGAAGUGCGGUGGAGGAGCGGAUAUGCCGUACGGAACCCUUGUCUUUAGACGAUGUGGCGGCGGCAGUGGCGGCAGCGGAGGUGGCUGAGGCAGCGACAGCGGUGACUUGUCCCAUUCCUGGAGUCCCGGCAGCAAGGGAAGCCGCCGCAGCAGCAGCAGGCAUGGCGGCAGCAGCGGCGACAACUGCGCGAGCUACUGCUACUGCUACCCUACACAGCGGCCAUUGCUGCCCCCGCCACCGCGCUCUGCUGAUGACGUCUUCGUCCUCUGCAGACAGCUUGACAACAACAGCUCGAGCACUCCCACCAACUGCCACGGAAGCCGCAGCAAGAACAGCACCCACCCAUGCAAACGCAGGAGCGUCCACGCAGGGCGGUUUCCGCAAACCCCUCAACUCAUCACACUCGUCAACGGACAAAUUUCUCCCUGCAGCAACAACGCCACCAACGAUUCCACCAACCGCAAGAGGUACAACCGCAGCAACGGUGGCAGCAGGAUCGGAGUCCUGGUAUGGCCUCCACCACCGCCUCAUGUCCUCUUCCGCACAUGCCCUGCAGCCCAUCGUCUACGCGCGCCGGGACAGCGGCUGCGGUAGCGGCGGCGCUAGCAGCAGCAGCUUCAGCAAGGGGACCGGCUACUGCUACGGCCCAACCGGAGGAGGAGGGGGAGGAGGAGUGUACGGCAGUAGGAUUGCCAGUGGUGGUGCGGUUAGUGGUGCCGUUAGCAGAGGGCCUGGGGCCUUGCUGACGUUCAGUCAGGCCCAUUCUCGUCACCUGAGCCCCUGUAGCAGCCAGACGCAGCUUCCCACGCCGCAAGCCUUCCAUCCUGCGUGCAUGCGGUCGUUCGGUGGUCGAGUGGGGGAGGCACGGCGUGACCCAUGGGACAGUGGAGCGUCUGUUGGGUUUGUGCUUGCCAGGCGUGGCGAAUCCUGUACUGUGGCGAAGUCACCGCAAGCGGCUCCGGGUGGCGUGGCCGCGGGCUCAUCAUCGUUGAAGGUUGUACAUACGUCAAAGUCGCCGCGGCUGCAGAAGUGAAAGAAUGGAUUGGAGCGGAAGGGUGUGUAAAUGGCUGGUACAGAAGUACGGUGUACUCUUAAGAAUACGAUAGCACGGGAGAGGCUAGGGAUUAAGCGUCAGGGGAGUCAGAACGACUUUGAGUGAGAGCUGCGUGGCGCAACCCUGUGGGCCCUACAGGCCAUGCUACUAGCUUGCUUUUUGGAAUCAUACGUUCCACUAAAAUAAGGCAGGCGAAGAUUAUUCGGCUGGCGAUGGUCGAAACAACACUGACCCAUGUUUCGUUCCGCAGGGAGUACGUGACACCUCACGGCGUGCUAGGCGACUGAGGUGGAACCUGUACGGCGCAGGUGGUUGAGUUUGGUUUUCCAACUCUGUGAUAUUGCAACAUUUUUUAUUUUACACUUACUAUGUUAUAAGCCUGAGAUAUGGGCUUCACUCGUUUUGCUGCCUCUUCUCAGAACAGCUGUGACCAGCUGACCGUUCGAAGUAGCAUGUUUCAAUAUUAAUGUAUUACUAUAGAAGGGGCAAAAAAUAACAAUGAGCAAUGUAACUAACUCCUAACAAGCUUCCGGAAAUCGAGUUUGCUCAAUUACCAUGUCCGGCACUGGGAAAACACUCCGUGUCAGCAUCAUUGGCGUACGCGUGCAGGAGCCGAGACGAUACUAUGUCAGCUUGCACGUUCUUGCGGGCGGGGGUCUGCCAGCCGGGAUUGCGAUCGGCUCAGACUUGGAUGCCAUCGCGCGUCCUGACCAGGCCGCCCGCACGGAAACCUCAGAGCUCAGCCGCAAUCCCGACUUCACCGCAUCCUCCUUCGUGCUCAGACUGCCGCAGCCCCUCACGGCCCUAGCUGCAGCAGCCACUGCUACUGCCGCUGGCAGCGCCAACGCCAGCGGUUUCGGAGCACCUGGAGCAGCGGGAACCCUGGGACCGUCUGGAGCGAUGCUGGACUUGCUGCAGGUGGACUUGCUAGCAGCCCCCGGUCUGGGCGUCACAGACACCGCCUCUGCCGCCGCGGAAGCCGGAGUGGGUGCGCCAGAUGAGCUGCUGGGCAGUGGUGCGCUGCGCUGCGGCCCGGACCAGGUCAUUCGGCUCCUCCGCGGCGAGCGACUCACGGCUGCCGUACAGCUGGACCCCGCCGUCAGCACCAUACCCGCAGCAGCUGUAGCAGCGGCAGCAGCGGCGGCUGCGGUGGCUGCAGGAGGAGUGGCGAGCAAGCAGCUGACGUUUGGUG